AUGAUUACUAACUACUCUACCGUUCCUCUAAUUCGUCCAUUACAGGAAUGUGUUAAUCAGAAUCGCAAUUUAACGCCUGAGUCAGACGUUUGCUAUGCGGAGGGGGCCAGUUUAAUGGGCGGGGCCUGCGGAGAAUGGCUAACUUUUCAGGUCCACCUGAGGAACCAGUGCUGGCCUGGCACUCUACGCUUGCACUUGGAAUCCUGCGAGGACCAGUAUUUCAGGGCGACGGUCCACGUGGGCAACUUCGGCGAUGAACGCGACACGUUACGAGCCACUCCCUCCUGCGUCAACGACCGCCUCGCCAACAACCUUCAUGCCGAGUCGGUUCACAACAACUUCCACUGGGACGUCUGCGUCGCAGACGAAUACACUUACAACGUGAGGUACCGCGUUCUCUUAAAGGGGCGGUUCUUCCUCUACGUCAGACUCGACGGGAACGACAUCGCCGGGUCGCCCUUCAGCAUCUUCAUCUCAGACGGCAGGGUCAGCUCCCUUUCCACCAGGGUCGUCAACGCCACCAAGCUAAGGUGCAGGGCUAUGCCGUUGAUUAAAACCAUGGUGGACGUGAUGAACGAUGCCCGCUGGGACUUCGAGUGCCGAAACGUUGUCGCGGAUCAGUAUCAGAGCCGGCGCCUCUUGACUCUGGAGAACUUGCGGAAGUACUCCCUCGUCAACGAACUGGUGCUGAACCUGUGCGACCGCGUCGGCAACAUAGUCAAGCAUCAUAAGCCCUACGUGAAGGCCUGGAGCACCAAUUUGGGCAAGGUUAUCGACGUGAGUUACCAGGGCGAUGGCAUCGUCUUGGUCAGGUACGUUGUCAUUGUCUCCAGGCCCGACCUCGACAAGGUCAAGGACUACUACUCAAGCCGCGACGAGACCACGCUGCCCGCCUUCCUCCACAACUUGACGACGCCCUGCACUCUGCACGUCCAGAUCGACGGCCAGAGAGUGUAUGGGAGCCCUUUUACCCCUGAAAUCAGCAACAUUGCUGAGAUUGAGGACUAUUAUACUUGCUUCCCCGAUACUAUGGACUCACUCUCCCUCAACAUCGAGGAGCUUCUGAGUCGAAACGACAUCGAUGGGUGCUCCCAGCUUCUGUCCAGGUUCUUCGUACAGAACGCGCACAUGUCCGAGGACGAACGACAGCGCGUCACUGACCUCGUUUCAAAGAAGUUUGAUAACAAGUCCAAGCUCAUGAAGCUCCAGAACUACCUGAUGGAGAGCGAGAUGUACAAGAUAGGGCAUCUCAAGGAGCACGGCCUCGGCGAGCUCCACCAGUACGUCGACGACCAGUACCAAAUCAUGCUCAAGGCCAAGACGAGCAGCAUCAUCGAGUGCAUCAAGGAGCUCAACAGCUACAACACUCCCGUGGACGGGAAGACCAAGGGCUUCAACAACCUCGCCGACGUCAUCUCCAACUACGCCCGCAUCAGCGAUGAGCUGCGGAAGCUCCACAGGUACGACCUCGCGAACAAGUUCGACUCAAUCACCGAGGGGCUCUGCGAGGAAAUAGAGCUCAACCGGUGGGAGAAGGUGCUCGCCGACCGGAAGCAGAAGAUGCUCAAGAUUAAGGACCAGGUCGACGAGUCUGCCAGGAAGCUCGGCGACUUCAAGGCGAAGGUGCUGGCUAAGUACGAAAAUCUCGAGUUCAGGGAGGUCGAGGAGGAGCCUGUACACAAGAAGGUCCAGACCGUCCAGGAGGAGACCGUCACCGACCGGCUCCUCCCUCUCGUUCAGAACCGGUGCAGCCCCGACUCCUACAAGACCGAUGUAGACCGUGUCGUCGAGACGUUCUGGCGUCGCUGCAGCAACUACGACAUCCACUCCACCAUCACCAGGGUGCUCAAGUCCAGCAUCCGCCUCAAGAACGCCAUCAACGAGAUUUUCUUCUACUACAGCCGCGAGUAUGAAACUGCCGACAACAUGCUCCAGUAUGCCAUCCCCAGGCUCUCGAUCGACCAGUUCCACAUCGACCUGGGCGUCAGCCGCAGCCUUCUCAACAACCGCCGCAAGGUCGACGAGAUGUUCGAGAAGUUUUCCGUGGUACAGCACGGCGAGCUUGCGCUUCCCGAGAACAUGUGGUGCGUCUACCUGAGGGAGCUCGCGUACCUGAACCUGCUCUACAAGAUCGCCGAGUCCGGGGACUCGCUCAUGCUCCGCGACAACCUCCACCCCUCCAGGCUCUCGGCCUUCUACCACCUCUGCGAGUUCCACCUGCUGAGGCUCUACGAGCGCCUCUUCACCAGCAGGCCCGAUUUCCAGCGUCACCUAAAGUUCUACAACACCAACAAGUCGCUCAGGUCCAACAGCAACUUCCGGUACGAGAAGGAGUCCUCGAUGGUCCACUACUUCCCCUCGAAGACCGACCUCGCCAGCUACAUCACCACCGAGGUGCCUAACAUUGUCGGCAACGGCCUGAACGAGGAGAUUCUUCACCUGGUUUUCAAGCACUACAGCAGGCUUUCCAUGUGCGGCAGGGCCAGAGUUGACCCCAAGUCUUACCAGUGCGACGAGGACUCGUGGCUCUCCACUGCCAUGUUCGUCAUAUUCUCCAGGGACUUUGGUGUGGUUCCCGGCUACAUGGACGGCGCUUCCGUUCAAAAGAUCGCAAACGACACCAUCAGCGCCAACAUCGAGCAGGGCACUUACCAGUCCGCGACGUUCCGCGGCCGGCUGUUCUACAAGGACUUUGUGGACGCUCUGGUCAACAUCAUUUCAAACUCCAUUUACAAGAUUUGCUUAAACCGCGACGAGAUGUACACCAAAUCGCUCAAGGAUAACAAGAUUCUGAACAUAACGAAGAAGAACAAGUUCCACGAGACCAGGGCCUGCAUCCAAUCGCAAGAGUCGGUGCUGGAGGACGUAAACGAGCUCAUCCAAAUACUCGGGUUCAACAACCCUGCCCACGUGGACAUGACUAUCGAGGCCAUAUACGGCCAGGAUUCACUAGAGUAUCUACACUAG